AUUUUGUGCUAGGGAAGAUUGAUUGUGGAAUUUAUACUUGUAUGGUCUGGAACAAGGACAAAAAUGGAAGAUAUUUUAUGUUGUUGAAGAGAGGCAGGCAAGACUUGGACAGACUGUAAUGUUGGAACUUAAUUGUAAAUAGUAUCUGUUUUCCAGUCAAUGUAAUAUUUAGUAAAUGAUCAAAGAUGCUGAUCAGCUUUUACUAUUACCAUACAUUGUUGUUACAUGGGGAAGAGAGGGAGAGAGAUUGAGUCGCUGGAAAAAAAGGAUUUGGUAUUGUAGGGAGAUAAGGUGAGCUGAAUAGUGGAAGAUAACAAAUUAGAUAACUCGAUGAAUAAUGACUAGAAUUAGAACAACAGAAAUGUAUUAAUGAUGAUUCUGGUGCAGCUAUAAGUGAGUAUAUGCAGUGUGACAGUUGGUUGUAGAGGAGUGAAUGGGGAAAUGAGAGGUGGUGGCAGCAGGGUGGUUAUCCAUCUUGAUAAGCAAUCAGUGUGCUAGUAAACUUUAUCUGAAGAGGAACUGCUGACUUCUUUGCCUCAUUCUUCUCCACGUCUCGUCAAAGCAAGGUCCACUGGUUUGCAGGACAUGAGUGGUGUGUGGCAAAGUUUGGUGGUAUUGGUGGUGGUGGUGGCUAUGGCGGGUCAGAGUGAAGGCUUCCCUAAAUGGCUAGCAUGGUUAGACACUAAGAUGGACUUGUGCAAGGAAGUGUGUGAGUGCCCAGAAGACUUAGUGCUGGCAGAGCGGCAAGGGAUUGACUGUGUGGAUCGCAACAUUACAUAUAUACAAGGUGGUAUUGACAUCCCCAAGGUGUACACAAAGGUGUCAUUCGCCCGUAACCACAUCAAGAGUAUUGCCGCAGACACCUUCAGUCCUUCCAGCUCCCUUGUCUCCCUGGACAUCUCUGAGAACGACCUUGAGAGUGUUCCGGGCAGACCCUUUGCUGAACUGUACAUCCUUUCUUCUCUCAACCUCAGGAGUAACCUCAUCUCAAGUGUGGAUCCAGAGGCAUUUGGUGGCCUUCAGAACCUCACCCAACUGGACAUCAGCUACAACAGAAUAACUAGCCUGCCUAAGGAGAUUUUUGAAGAGCUCACAAGCCUACAGGAACUGAAUAUUGGCUUCAAUCCCUUGGAAAAACUAGAUGAGGGUCUCCUGCAACACACACCAGACCUCAGAAGGUUGGACUUGAGUAAAUUGCAUCUCAAGUCAAUCCCAGCAAACUUCUUUGUGGCCAAUCUCACGAAACUGGAGACUGUGUCACUGGCUUACAACCAGCUGAAAGUGGUGCCCAGCAGGACUCUACAUGGUCUGAGCUCUUCCCUGCUGAACCUCGACCUCUCUGGCAACCUCUUCACAUCCCUGAGCGCCUACUCCUUUGGUGGCCUGAGCAACCUCCGUACCCUCACGCUGGAACAGAUGCUGCGGCUCACCAGGAUUGACGCGUAUGCCUUUGGAGACUUAAUGCGCCUUGAGAAAAUUGUAUUCCGCUACAUACCUUGGAUUGAAAAAGUUGACCGUAGAGCUUUCCACAAGACAGAAAAUGACGAGGAACCUUCAAUCAUACCAUUUGACUUCACUUUCUCCUACUCCUCCCUGCACACUCUGCCAGAAGACCUCUUGCCCUGGAACCAUCUCCAUUACGUCUCCCUUGAGUUCAAUCAUUGGCGCUGUGACUGUAACAUGCUCUGGGUAAAAAUGCUACCUUCUUCAGAGAACAGACUGGAGAUAAGAUGGUGUCACGAGCCAAGCCACCUCCGAGGUUACCGGCUGGUUCAUGUGAAGGACAAGGAUUUGACGUGUAAUGCUGCACCCGCAGCAACACAGGGUGCGUUUGGAUUCCUCGUGGUGGUGAUGAUUGCCGGGCUGAGUGCCAGCCUGGCCACCAUAUCCCUCCUGGUGUACUGGCAGCGUGGGUGGGUGUGUCGGCGGCCCCCCGGUGCCUACACCGCAGUGCGGCGCAGCGGCAGCACCAUCACCAUCACGGAGGAGAUGGAUACCACCUCUGAGGCUUGA